AUGGAGAAGAGGCUUCGAUCAUCUCUACGAUCUUCAGCCGAGGAAUUUCUAGCGGCCGCUGCCUCUGAAUCGGAAUCGAAGCAAGUCAAAUCGGCCCUCAAAGCUUUGAUCUGCAGUAUCACCCCUUCCUCCGAUCUCUGUACUUCCCUCCCUGCGGCCCUCCACCUCGCCCUCUCCAGGAGCCUCGAUUGCUUCAGGAACUCCCUCCAAUCGCAGGCCAGAGACGAUGGAGACCGCUCCUCGCGUUCGCCGCCAGUCAAGCGGGUACGCCGGUGGGAGGAGAGUUCGCCUUCCCCGAGCAAUGAUGGUGCGGAGGAACUGCCUGUUAGCCAGGCCGAGACACUAGCUCGACUGAGGGACAUUCGGAGGUAUGCUUGCAUCGCUCAUAUUUGCGUUUCACAUCCGAGGAAGAGCUUUAGUCCACCCGAUUUCCUGCCUUGCGUACGGUCUCUGCACGACUGCCUCAUCCUCUUUGAGACGGACGACGAGCUCCUGUUGGAGGUUGCGAGCCUGUGCGAGAAGUGGUGGAAAGAGAAGCUCCCGGAGAGGGAAGCUUUGAUUUCUCAGUCCCUGCCAUUUCUGCUUUCGAGGUCCCUGACAAUGAACAAGAAGACGUAUGUACACCGGGUUUACGCAAUGAGAGAUGCCUUUCUGUUGUUUGAUUUCCACGAUGAAAGCAUCGAGGACCUGAAGUUGCUCCUCCUUCGGUGUGUGAUCACGCCUCUGUACCUUAAAACUGACGAGGGUAGGCGAUUUAUUGCCUUUAUGCUGACAUUGAAUGGCAAGCUAUUGAAAGAGGCUCUUGCGUUGAUCAAGUCCCAGAUUCCAUUCGGAAGAAAAACAGUUCUGGAGGCAUAUGCUGAUAUUUUGUUUAGGUUUUGGAAGCAUUCAGAAGACUCUUUCCGAACGGAAACUGAGGACGGGUUCCUUCAAUCGCUUAUUGAGGGAGCAAUCUAUGCAAGCUCAAGGUCGCUUGCAAACUCCAUUCGAAGAAUAUUGAGAGGGUUCAUUGACAACAGGGCAACGGAUGGCGUAGAUAAGCUGCUGUUUAGACUUGCUGAGCCAGUUUUAUUCCGGUCCCUGCAGGUAAUUCAUUGUCCAAUCUGACCAGAGGCUCGUGUAAUUUGAAGUUGUAUCAUAGUUUGCCAAGAAGUAAUGUCUCCUCUUUUAAGUUGACCGAGCAGUGAUCUCGUCUUUUAAAUCAAGUAAUAUAGUGUCAGUUCAUACUGUGUUUACAGAAGUCAUGCAUUUAUUCUACGUAAAUAUCGCACUAUGAAGAGUAUUCAACUAAAAUCAAUCAUAUUUAGGCCAGCGCUUGCAAAAUUGGAGGUUUCUAGUGAACACCUACCUUCACGCGCAAGUUUAAAAUGACAGUAAAUAAAUGGAUAAAAUAUUGUUGUUUGUCAGGUAACAGUAUUUUAUGCUGUAAUACCUUUUUUCUAGUUUUAUGGAGAGAAAAGCAUUAUAAUUUCCGACCGGAUUACCACAUUAAGAAGGAAAAAGCAGAUUACCACAUUAAUGUUUGUCAGAUAAACUUAUCAUGAUUCCUAUCCCUUCAAACUGACAAUCUUUAAUCUGGUUAGAAGGCCAUCAUGAAAAUAUAUUAUCAAAACAUAUUUUAGUUGUUUUUGGGUGUAGUGAUCCAUCUAAUUGCUUCUCUCCAAACGUCUACCCUUUGAUGAACUAUGGCAUUGAAGAAUUAUGCCAAAAUUGUGCAUUGGAAAUGAUAAUGUGCAUCCCUACAUCCACCAGUUCAACCUUAUGCACAAUUUUUCAUUUUAUUUAUUUAUUCAACUAUUUUGGAUGGCAAAAGAGUCUAAUUAUGAAGAGGGAUCCUUAAGUUGCCUGCACCAUUCUCUCCCCACUAUGAGCUAUUGAAUCGGAGGCUUGCUUCUGAAUGUCAGUUCCUUUAGCUGAACAUCACUCCAUAUAAUCCGUUUCUCUGACAACUUCAGAGAAACGGAUUAUAUAAUUUUAUGAUUUACUGAUGGUUGUAAGUUUUUACUACGACUUUCGUGUACUGAUUAGUAGUUAACUGUUUCUAUUUACUGACGGUAAGCUUUUAGAACUACUCCAUUUCCGAGUAUGCAUCCUGUAACAACUCUCCCGCAACCUGAAGAAUGAAAGCUUUACUAUGCAGUGGUCCAUGAACACUAUUAUCAUAUUAAUAAUGAGUACCGAACAUCGAUUUAAUUGUUUCAGGUUGCAAAUUCAAAUGUCCGUCAGAAUGCACUGCACUUGCUUAUCGAUAUGUUCCCCCUUGAAAACCCUGAUGUUACCAGGGAGGCUAAGAACGAAUUGCUCGAGAAGCAGUUUUUUUUAUUGGAAAGGUUGCUAGCAGACGAUUCACCAGAUAUUCGAUCUGUCGCAGUGGAAGGCUGUUGUCGUGUGCUUUAUCUGUUUUGGGAAGUUAUUCCAUCUUCCACAAUAACCAAGAUGCUAACAAAGAUCAUCGAUGAUAUUUCACAUGAUGCAUCCAAUGAUGUUAAACUAUCAACCUUGAAAGGCAUCGCAUAUUUACUCGGAAACCCACAAGCUUCUGAAGUUCUUAAAGUUCUACUUCCAAGACUUGGAUUCAUGUUUCUGGAUCCCUUUCUUUCUGUUCGCAUGCACGUUUGUGAUCUCCUUCUGGCAGCUAAAACUAUUCGGAGUUUCCAGUUCAAUAAGGUAUGCACGUAUUACUAUUUCUUGUUUCCAUUUUUGGAAUGCAUUUUCUUCUCUGACCCACCCACAAUUUGUUUGUCCCAGGUAGUGGAUCUUGAUAUUUUGUUAUCUUCAUUGGCCAAUGAUCAUCCCAUUGUUGCCCAGAAAAUAGUAUCGCUGCUAAUGCCCUCUUAUUUUCCGUCAAAAGUAACGACGAAGGAAGCCUGCAAUCGUUUCAUUGCUCUGGUAAAAAGGUCUCCUGCUGCCGGGGCGAGAUUCUGCGAGUUCGCCCGGCUGGAGGGCUCAUCUUCAAAGUCCCUCAUAGAACUCGUCAAAGCAUGCUUCAACCUGGCCACUUCUUCCUCCGAGGAUCUGACUCCUGGUCAGAUUGACGGCCUGUUCACGGCGUCUUCCAACCUUUGCCGCGAUUUGUCAAGCGACGCAGCCUGUAAGGCGACCCUCUGCAAGUUUUUCUCGAAGGAAACGUUGAAGUCUCUGCUAUCCACCAUUUCAUCCGUCCGAGCUCAGAAUUCCAUCUUAAGUAUUGCGUCCUUCGUUUACCCUGACGGCCUCGUUGACUUUCAUGACAACUGCAUGCGGCUGAUCAAGAACUGUUCUUCCCUAACUGGGAAGGUGGAGAUGCAAGCUGAGAUACGGAGGGUUCAUAGGCUUAUGGUCUCUAAUGGUCGGUCUAAUGAUCUCUUUGGGGCUCUGGCAGACAUCCUUCGAAUGGCCGCUUCCAGGAUCUCUGAAAAGCUGGAGCUGCCGUCGGGGAGGAAGAAGAAGAAGAAGAAGAUAGAAAAAACGAGGAAAAAGACGACCUCGAAGAACUCGGAUCUUCCUCUCUUGGCUGGUUCUGAAGACUGCGCCGUCGCUGCGGCAGCAGCUUGGCAAGUGAAGGAUCUCCUCGCAGAGACUGAGACUCGGACGGCCAUGUUGACUUCUCCAUUCUUGGAAUCGGUUUCCUCGUCGCUGGGCACGAUUUCUCGGGUCUUUAUAGAAAAGUCAGCGAGCUGGGAGCAAGUGGAUUUGUUGCCUGUUCUCGCCUACACCACUCUUUCCUUGUACAGGUCUCUUCAGGACGUUGACUUGACUAAAGUGGUAGAUCCUCCUACCGACAGCUCUGGCGAGCCGCGUUCUUCUGGUUCAUUGCGGGAGGUGAGAUUCCAUGGCCUUUUGACUUCUCUUUCAAACAGUGAACACAUCCGCUUAGCUUUUCCUGUGGUCGGAUGCUAUCUUUAGUAAGCUUGCUCUCCUUACAAGAACUGUUUUCCAAAUUUAGAGGCGGAAAUGUAUCUACUGCGUUGAAUUAUCGGGCGCAAUGCUUCUUGUUCCUGAUGAAUUCUCUUUUUUCAAUUCAAUUAAAUUCUGCAUUGAAAUAAUGUUGUAUCGAUUGGCUCCAGGGUUUGACUUUGGAGGAGACGCUGGAGGGCCUGCUGGAUUCUGCGGAGACACUCUUCCAUGGAGCCGAUUCGAAUCGGAAAGGGGCCGAGGGGUCAGCCCCGUUGACCAGGUCCCGGAGGAGACAAACUCUGAACGCUUCCUCCACCCCAACAGUUCCAGGUAAAUAAACGCGCCCCUUCCCAUCUCGCUCUCUCUCUCUCUCUCUCUCUCUCUCUCUAAAAAUCUAAUUUUUUUUUCAUCUCUAAUAUCUUAGGCACCGAUCCAGAAGACAACCCCCCCGGAGAGGUGGAGGAGAAGACGAUCUCCGGCGUGGUGCGCGUCUCCACCGCGCUCCUCAAGUUCAUAGCCGACGCCGCCACCCUCCGCCUGAUCCCCCCCUCCCAUCCCCGCUGGCCGCUCUUCGCCUCCACCUUCCUCCGCCACCUCACCUCCACCUCCCACAAUGCCGCCGCCCUCUUCCCCUUCGCCAAGAGCUCCUUCACCUACGCCGCCAAGCUCCUCCAUGUCCUCCUCUCCGCCGCCGCCGCCGACCAGCCCCUCCAUCAGGUACCACUCCUCCCUUACUCUUCCUCCCUCGCCCACGACCUCCUCGACCUCGCCGCUGCCGCCUCCCUCCGCCUCUCCACGGCGCGUCCAUGGCUCCCCGACCUCCUCCUCGCCCUCGCCUCCCCCCGACUCGCCGCCGACUCGCCGCCACCGACUCAGCCCACCCAUCUCCCGCUCUGGCUCCGAUCCCUCGGCGCGGCGGAGCUCCGCCAGUUCGCCGGCGAUGGCGACGGUGGCGGAGGCGCUCCUCCGGCGAUCGUGGGGCUCCUCCGAGCGGCGGCGGCCCUGCUGAGGAAGGGGAACCCGAAGGUGCUGGCUGCCGUUGGGGCGGUGCUGGUGGAGGCUAUGGAGGUGGGAUUGCGGGCGGGGGACUUCGACUUGGUUCUCGGCCUCGUGAGAUUCUUGAGUUUGGAGGUUGCGGAGGCGGAGGGGGCCCCACCGUGCGGGUUUUUGAACGAGGCCCACAAGUUGGUGGGCCAGGCUCUGGCUGACGCGGAGGAAGGGGAAGAGCAGGGGAGGCGGAGGCUGGAGGCUGCUGAGGAGCUCCUCAGGUCUCUCUGCGGGGGCGUCCCGUCUCACUUUCCUGUUUAG